AUGACCGCUGCGCGGUGCAGCUCGGCCACCCGCCAGCUGCUGCAGCACCAAGCCUCGCAGACCCUGCCGCCGACCUCACCCUUCGCGCCGCGCCAUCUGCUCUCGAUCGCCGACCUGACGCCGACCGAGUUCGCGACGCUGGUGCGCAACGCCUCGGCCCACAAGCGCGCCAUCAAGUCCGGCGCGAUCCCGCAGAACCUGCUGGGCGCGCUGACGGGCCAGACGGUGGCGAUGAUGUUCAGCAAGCGGAGCACGCGGACGCGGAUCUCGACCGAGGGCGCGGUGGUGCAGAUGGGCGGCCACCCGAUGUUUCUGGGCAAGGACGACAUCCAGCUCGGGGUCAACGAGUCGCUGUACGACACCGCGGUAGUGGUCUCGUCGAUGGUUUCGUGCAUCGUCGCGCGCGUGGGCCCGCACGCCGACGUCGCCGGCCUCGCCCAGCACUCCUCCGUCCCCGUCAUCAACGCCCUCUGCGACUCCUUCCACCCGCUGCAGGCCAUCGCCGACUUCCAGACCCUCCACGAGACCUUCACCCCGAAGGCGCACCACCUCUCCAGCCUCGGCCUCGAGGGCCUCAAGAUCGCCUGGAUCGGCGACGCCAACAACGUCCUCUUCGACAUGGCCAUCAGCGCCGCCAAGAUGGGCGUCGAUCUCGCCGUUGCCACCCCCAAGGGCUACGAGAUCCCCGCCCCGAUGCUGGAGCUCAUCCAGCAGGCCGGCCAGAACGUCCAGAACCCGGGCAAGCUCAUCCAGACGAAUAUCCCCGAGGAGGCGGUCAAGGGCGCCGACGUGCUGGUCACGGAUACCUGGGUCUCGAUGGGCCAGGAGGCCGAGGCCCGCAAGCGCCUCCAGGACUUCGCCGGCUUCCAGAUCACCCCCGAGCUGGCCAAGCGCGGUGGCGCCAACGAGGGCUGGAAGUUCAUGCACUGCCUGCCUCGUCACCCCGAGGAGGUCAGCGAUGAGGUCUUCUACAGCAAACGCUCGCUGGUCUUCCCCGAGGCUGAGAACCGCCUGUGGGCUGCCAUCUCCGCCUUGGAAGGGUUCGUUGUGAACAAGGGCAAGAUCGAGUAG